GCUGUCGGAACGAGCGCAGGCCGGCCGCGAUACGCGGAUUAUCCGCACGGCUCGUUUAUUCCCGCGUUCGCCGUUGCAACGACGACAAUCGGCCUAUCGGGCCGCUUCGUGGCUAGCUGCUUCCCAGGCGAAAUUAGGUUCGCUGUUCCACCCCUCGCCUAACCGUCCAGGGGUUCGGCUUGCACACAUCGCUCGGAAGACAUAAGCUUUUGGUCGAAACUCUCGGACGCAGCCCCCGAAACACGAGAAACUGGACGUCGAAGAUGGAGAAGAAAUUGGUGAACACUGGAAGCUAGCUUCUUGGAUCCUUUCCCUGCGAGAACAGUCGAUGAAGAUUGGAUUUCUCGAUCGAUGCUGCUGAAAACGAUGUCGAAGACGGUGUACGUUCAUUGAAGUGGUUCUGUGGUCCAGUCUCUCGAUGCUGUAAGAUUUUGCGGCUUAAUUUCUUGAAGACGACACGAAGGUCGGGAAACAGUGGAUGCUGUUGUUGAUCAUCGGGAAUACUAGGAGAUGAAACGUGGUCCGUGUCACAGAAGCUCGAAGAUCGAAUCGUUCGGUUUAUUCAAGACUAUCGAAGAUUAUAUAAGGACUCGAAGACAGGAUUAAACCGAGUGGACAAAAGCAAGUUGAACGGACUAUUCCGAACUCGGCACUUACGCGUCGAUACGAUCGAUGUAAAGUUUGAAAUCUACACAGAUUGUUUCCGUUAUCGCGCAUUCGUGUCUCGGCCCGAUAACAGCCGAACGGAAUAGCGUUAAAAGUAACGAGCAAUUGCAUUCGGAGUACACCUCUCUCUCUGCCGAUUAAAGAACUCGAACGUGUCACGAGGAGAUAAUGAGCACCGAUCGCAGCGAUCCGGAUAAAGUCAACGAUUGAUGGAAGUUUACAAGUGUCAUUCGACCGAUUCGCCGGGAGCGCGGUUCCAUAAGCGCAGAACUCGAUCCGAGUAAUUAAAGGAUCGCGCGCGGAAAUCCCUGCCCCCGAAACAAAAGCGGCGUUCAAUCUUAAUCAUCGAUUAAUCGUGCGAUCUAGACGGUGUGCAGACGUCUUGCAGACGGGUCUCGGAUUUGUUGACUCGCGAUCGGGGACGGUGUGGGAGAUCGAUCGCCGCGAGAUCGAUCGCGAUGCAGCCGGCGCGCCGCGAUCCGCCUGGAUCGUGAUCGAGGCCCGCGAUCGACGAUACGGCCCCGCGCAGCUCGUGACGAUAAGGUGACGCGGCUAUCUCGCGACGAUCUAGCGAACGUGAUCAAUCUGAUCGACGGCCACCUUGAAAAAUCGAGACCGUCGUCGCCGGCGAACGUUGACUCACCCGAAAUCGCGUGCGCCACGAGCGACGCGCGCACGGACCGGCCGACAAAUUCGAUCGGAACGUCAGCGAGAUCGACGACGAAAUUACGAUGCUACGAGCUGCGCGUUCUCGGACCAGUCUGUGCGUUACCGUUCUGUGGAAAUACUUGGAACCGGUUUAGUGAGCGAGCGACACGAUCGGGGAACGGAGAACUCCGAUAUGAGCAUUCUGUUGUGGAGGCAGCGCAGGGCUAGCCAGCUGAGGGCGGAAACCACCCUUUCAUUGGCAAGGGAGGACGAGGAAUGGAGCGACUCGGAGAAGACACCGUCGGUAAGCAGUGGCGUGGACGGCGGUGGAUCAGCGGUUUCCAGCCCGAUCGCGCCGGUCGUCGAGGAGGAAUCAAGCCUUCCGCCACCGCCGAGACUGAAUCCACCGUCCUCGUCGGUCUCGAUCGCGAACUCGACCGCGGAGGAUAUCAGAUUGAGGCUUAGCGUGCUCUCCGAAGACGCUCGGAAACGGCUGGCUAGUCUUACCGAAGAUAUCGAGGUUACCAGGAGCUCGAGGGACCGACAUGCUACCUCGAAGCCGAAUCAGAACCGCGAGUCGAGUCCCAAAGACACGGACGAGGAGACGAUGAUCGUGGUUAAAGAAGAGGAUUGUCUGCCGCGGUCGUCGUCGUCCUCGUCCUCCUCGAUCCGUAGGAGAGAUUCCGUCUGCAGGAGAGACUCAGAGGACUCGUCGAGGCGGUCAAACGCGGAUGAUCCACCGUCAGAGAAGAAACUGAAGCUCGACGACGAAGCAGCACCAAGACUGAGACUCAAUGCUAGUCUGGCGACGGAUCCCGCUCUUCGACCUGCCGCUGUGGCCGCGCUCACCAUCAAAUCAGAAAAUACCUCGCCGCCGAAUCCUGUACCGCCACUGCCAGCUGGCCUACAAAAUGCGAUCGCUUCAGGUCGGUUGUACGUGCUGCCGACCGACGGCAAGGAGACGAUCACAGUGGAACCAGCUAGGCCAGCACCCCUCAUCUGCCCACCCUGCGGUAUUCGAUUCAGUUCAGCGAGCACUCUUGAAGCUCACCGCACCUUCUACUGCGCGCAUCGUCCACGGCUCGAAGAGGAAACCGCGAACGACGAGGACGAGGAGAAGUCGAAUAAAUUCGAAGUCAGGAAGGCGUACGCUUGCCCGCAUUGUUCGUACAGCGCGGAUAAAAAGGUGUCCCUCAACAGGCACAUGAGAAUGCACGCGGCAUCGCCGGCUCCGCCUACGAUACCGACGGUGCCGGCUGUGGCUACAACACCGGCGACCGGCGCUACAACGGCUUCCAAUGGAUCAUUGAACGAAGAGGCGGAGAGAUAUUGUAGAAACUGCGACAUCAGGUUCAGCUCGCUGAAGACGUACAGAGCUCACAAGACUCAUUAUUGCAGCACCAGGCAUGUAGUCAAGGACACACCACCGCCGGCAAGCGCCGCGUCCUCGUCGGUAAAGGCAUCGCCUCCUACGAGCGCAAGUCCCGGGGAUUCUCCACCGCCGCAGCCCUGCUUGGCAUUGCCUACCAAUCCGAUUCUCAUAGUACCGUACUCUCUUUUCCGGGGAGCUAGCGUGUUGGCCGCGCCAACUCUACCUGCUCCUGAUACCGCGUGCUUCCUCCUGCCAAAUGGUCAUCUUCAGCCGAUGACGAGAGGUCUCGCUACAACGGCUCCCAACACUGUCGUUGAGCCUCCGCCUGUUCUUCGAGUAGCAAACAAGCCAACAACGCCAGCAUCGGUUGUAGCAUCGUCCACGUCGCCACCUGGCUCGGUACCGCUAGACCUGAGCGUACGGAAGUCACCGGCACAUCAGGAUGAAAAGGAGAACAGAGUUUCACCAGCUCCUUCUUCUCUGCCUCCGCCACCUGGCAGCCCCAGAUCUAGGGGUAGCGGUAGUCCCAGGGCCAGGUCAAUCGGUUCUGCUCCGACACCGGUUGGCACUAUCGUACCACCACCACCGACAGAGCUUGCUCAAAGACUGGCAGAACUGCCACCACCACCUGUCCCUGGAGUCCUCGUCAAACAGGGUGUCUCCAAAUGUAAAGAAUGCAACAUAGUUUUUUGCCGUCACGAAAACUUCGUCGUUCAUAAAAAACAUUAUUGCCAGGCAAGAGAAACCACAGUUAGCAACAGUCCACCACCACCAGGUACACCUUCGCCACCUUUGGUUCAGUUGAUAUGCGCCGCGUGCGGUAUAAAGUUUACUUCUAUGGACAAUUUGGUGGCCCAUCAAGCGUUUUACUGUCCCAAGAGGCCAGAACCGCAAGAACAUCACUCGAGAUGCACUAAGUGCAAGGCCAUAAUUGAAUCUGGAUCUACCCACACGUGUACCAGCGGCACAACCGGUGGCUGGAGAUGUCCUGUGUGCGGUGCGGUUAGUCCCACAGCAGGUGCCGCCCAACGUCACAUGGAUGCUCAUCAGGGUGUCAAGGCUUUCAGAUGCACGAUUUGUCGUUACAAAGGAAACACGUUGCGUGGCAUGAGAACGCAUAUAAAAAUGCACUUUGAAAAACGGGGAACCGACCUGCAGGAGGAAAACUAUAUAACGUGUGUGUUGGACGACGAAACGGUCCUCCCGACGCCGGAACCGGCUCCAGCUACGACGCCCGAAGAGAUCCCUGCAGAGGUGCAAGUGAACGGUAAGACCGAAGUUCGGAAGAGUCCGCAACCGCCACCGCCACCACCACCCCCACCACCUCCAACGGUAACGAACAAAGUGAAACAGGAACGCGAGGAUACACCGCCACCAGAAGAAAGCCUCGACCCCAACAAAAGUGGUCCCCGUUACUGUCGAUCAUGCGACAUCAGCUUCAACUAUCUAAGCACCUUCAUAGCUCACAAGAAGUUCUACUGUUCGAGCCAUGCCGGGGAAGCGAGCAACAACAAUAACAACAACAAUAAUAACAAUAACUCGAGCAGCCACACCACGACGCCUCCGAGCGGCAGGACUGAAGCAUCCGUACUUUAAGGACUCUCGAUGAUACAAGGUGUCCACGGUGAUCAUUCCUCGAAUGUAGCCAUUAGGAUUAACCUGACGGGACUGUUAAUUGUUGCCAGUUUAUAAAUAUAUAUAUAUAUAUAUAUAUAUAAAUAUAUAUGAUAGAAUUAUCGACUAUCCGUUUUAGUUGACUACCGUUGUGUGAUUUCUGUUGAUCCAGGGAAUUGUUUGUACUUAUAACUUGAUUCAUCCGACGUGUACAUACGCGUGCGUGGACACGAAACUGCGAAAGGAUACGCUGAAAGUUCCAACAGCGGCGACAUUCAGGCGGUCGUGGUUAGUAGUGUUUUUCUUUGAGAAGGUAAUUCGCUUUGGAACGAUUGAAUUCGAAGGUAAAGCUGUGCGUGAAGUUUUGUAUGAAGUAUACCAAAGUGAGGCUGCCGAAUGAGACAUGACCCUGUGCAUGAGGGAUCGCGGUUGCGGUUUGUGAGCGAAAAUGUGAUUGGUACGGAAAGCCUCGGCCGGCUGUUACAAAGGUGUGCAAUCUCAUGACUCUUCAAUAAUCUCGUAGCUGUAACUAAUUAAUCGACAUACCUAGGGAAUUACGGAUAAUAAAGAUGAGUGUAAAAUGUUGUACAGUAGAUGAGUAGAGUAUUACCGGAACGAUAGUAAUUAUCCCGAAUGAUACCAAUCUCAAGCUUGUGAAAACGCUAAGUUGCAAUAUGACAUUUAAUAUAUUAUAUAUUAUAUAUAUAUGUUAUAUAUAAUAUAUAUAUAUAUAUAAUUUAUAUAUAAUAUAUAUAAUAUAUAUAAAUAUAUAAAUAUGAAUAAAAGUGACUUAAUAUCUAUAAAUCGCGCUCAUACAUACUGGGGGAGUAAGUACGUUGAUAAAUGUAUCCAUAGACUGCCAUAAAGAUUUCGGGGAUAUCCACGUAGUAAUGCUAAUCGUCUCGAAGGAAUGAAAAUCUCCCUACGAAUUCAGGAUUCGCUGUACAAUUGGAUUCUUCUACCAACGCAUUUGCUUCUUUAAAAUACAAUCAAAAAUUCAUCGCGUGUACGUCGCUUGGUGAACAAGCGGCUGCUCGUGGCGAGCGCGUAAAUGUAAAAAUUAGAAUUAAGGCCAGUGUUACACGUAUACGCAGCGUACUAUUCAUAUCAUAUAUAUAUAUAUAAACGAGUUCGUUGAUGGCAUCAAUUUUUCUCCCUCGUGCGAGACUUGGACGACGAGAAAAAGAACAUUGAUGCGCGCACGUUGUCAAGCUACGACAGCAUCUCCAAAAAUCUCAGUUACAUGUAAAAUUAUUUCUCGUAUUUCGACGAGUAGCGUAGCCAGAUAAAAGCGAACCAUUCGCGGAUACUUUUAUAAAAACAACUGUUAUGUUAUUUACAGAUCCCUGUAUUCUCGCUAAUCGUUGUCUAAAGGAGCGCAGGACUCACGAUAUUCCAUUUAAAAAUAAAUACAAAUGAUUUGAUAACGCAUCACGAAGAAGCUACCUAUACUUUAUUGCCGAACACUUGUAAAUCUCUAUCCGGUACUUCCAAUCAAUUUGUUAUACAUUAUAAAUCUGGUGUAUUAUUAUAUGCCAUAUAUCGUCGAUGAAAACGAUUCUUUUUCUAAAUACCUAUACACCCUCCUCUGUCACUUUGACGCCUAGGAUUAUUUUUAUUAUUUUUAUUUUGAUAGAUGAAUUUUACACGCAAAAUAUAUCUAUAUAAAUAUGUAAUAAAUAUAUAAACAUAAAUAAAAUUCUAAGACCUUUAUGAUCCUUAUUUCUAAUGCAAGAAAAU